CCCAAAACGCACCCCCUCCCCCACCCCACCCCCCGUGAUGUUUUUGCAGUAACUGUAGUUCAGACAGUGACUUGGACUGAUACAAACGUGAAAAUACGUUUGGAAACAUAACCUGACCGCCAACUUCUCAUUAACCUCAGACCAAGGACAAGUUAGGAGGACAGCCAGCUUUUGCUCUUCUCCAGCCUUCGCUGUACAAUUCUUCUCCCCCCCACUUCUUAGUGGGGGGGGGGGAAACUAAGAACUCGCCGCCCGGGCAAUCCUGCCCUACGGCUGCAGUGACUUGGAGUUGAGGUCCUGACCAUGGAAACGGGCCAGGGCAGCCCAGAGAGCCCAAAUCGGGCAGUGGAGUACCUGCUGGAACUCAACAACAUCAUCGAGAGCCAGCAGAAGCUCCUAGAGACACAGAGGCGCCGCAUCGAGGAGCUGGAGGUCCAACUGGACCGCGUCAGCCAGGAGAACAAGGACUUGCGGCUGGACCGCCGGCCGCGCCUGCCCGACGCCUCUGGCUCCACCCAGCAGGGCCAGCCUGGCUCCGACGCCACCCUCCCCACCAACUCGCACGGUGACUCCGCCCCGCCUCCUCCCCUGCCUGCGCGGGAGCGGCGUGGCCACGCCCGGCUCACUCGCGGCCUCUCCUGUGGCUCCGCCCCAGUGGAGAGGGGGAGACCAAACCGACCUGACUGCUCCAGUGCCGGUCACGCCAAGACUCUCCAGAGACAGUUGUCCUCUAAUUCCACCCCUUGCAAUCUAACUGGCACCAAAGCUUCUACCACUACUGCUUCCUCCCUACUUCACCCCAAUCUGACAGCUAACAGCCACUGCAGGCAUCAUCACUGCUGCCACUCCCGGCGCCGUCUGUCCAGGUCGGCCCGCAGCCCCCCCUCUGCCAAGCACACGGAGCAGGCAAGCGUGGACACAGAGCCUCAGCGCACGGAGUCGGGCAGCUUCUCGGACAGCGCGUGCAGCCAGGCGGCAUACCCGCGCAGCUCGGAGCGUCGCAGCGACGCCCCCCGGGGCCCUACUGUAGCCGCCACGAGCCCUGUCAGUCUGGCCUGGUCCCAGCGGACACGCCACCAACCUGCCAGCCUGGCACUGCGCAAGCAGGAAGAGGAAGAGAACAAGCGGUGCAAGACGUUGUCCGACAGCUAUGAGCUAUCCACGGACCUCCAGGACAAGAAGGUGGAGAUGCUGGAGCGGAAGUAUGGCGGGUACUUCCUGAGCCGCCGGGCUGCACGCACCAUCCAGACAGCCUUCCGCCAGUACCGCAUGAACAAGAACUUUGAGCGGCUGCGCAGCUCCGCCUCUGAGAGUCGCAUGACACGGCGCAUCAUCCUGUCCAACAUGCGCAUGCAGUAUUCCUUUGACGAGCGGCAGCCAGUGGCACAGCAGCAGCACUACCCCCAUGGUGCUGGCCCGCCGUCACCUCCCCAGCAUGGCCGGUCCCGCUCCCCCCCUACUGGCCCGGAGCGGGACAAUGGUUCCCCGCCUCGUAUGCAGGGGGAUCGGUCCGGGGAGUACACACACCUAGACGACUCCUUCAACAAACAGGUGAAGUCCCUGGCAGACUCCAUCGACGACACCCUCACCUGCCGGCCAGGACGAGAUGACUCCCAGGAGGGCAGCAGGGAAGGCGAGGGCAUGGGCGGAGUCGAGGGCGACGACUACGGGGAGUGCAUCUGGAGCAACAGCAGCAACCCAUCAUCACGCAGGGGGAUGGGCGACCGCGAGAGGGGCGGCGGGGGAGGCCUGAGCAUGCACGAGGACAGCACAGCCACCUCCUACAGCGACGUCACACUCUACAUGGACGACGGGCUGCCGUCGUCCCCGCUCUCGCUGGACAGAGCCCCCAGCAGCACCGACACCGAGUACUGGGGCAUGGGUGGUGGCGUGGGCAUCCGCGAAGACAGCCGCGACACCGAGGGUGGCGGCAGCAGCAACAGCCGGCGGAGCACGCCCUGCACGGAGUGCCGCGACUACCGGCUGCGUGGGGCUCACUUGCCCCUGCUGACCAUCGAACCACCCAGUGACAGCUCAGUGGACAUGAGCGACCGCUCCGACCGCGGCUCCCUAGGCCGGCAACUUGUCUACGAACAGGAGCCCAGCGGCUCUCCCCAAGGUACCCUCAAGCAUGGCACCAGCGCUCGCUCCAUGGUAGCCGCCCAGGGUCAGACGCGUGCUGUUGGCAGACCUCACCCCUCCAUCCCCUCUCAGGUGCCCCAUCACCCACUCCACCACCACCACCACCACCACCCACACCACCAUCACCAGUACCCAGAUACACCAUCCUCAUCCUCCUCCCCUCAGCAGCCGCCUGCCACGCCCCUCUCCUCCUCCUCCUCCGCUCCCGUCCCGGCUGGCAGCUUGGAGCAACCAUGCUGCUCGGACGGUGACAAUGACUCGCUCAACUCCACCACCAACUCCAAUGAGACCAUCAACUGCAGCUCAGGCUCAUCGUCCCGUGACAGCCUGAGGGAGCCGCUGCCCCCACUGGGCAAGCAAACCUACCAGCGGGAGAGCCGCCACAGCUGGGAUUCACCAGCCUUUGACAACGACGUGGUGCAGAGGAGACAGUACCGUAUCGGCCUCAACCUCUUCAACAAGAAACCAGAGAAGGGCAUUCAGUACCUGAUAGAGCGGGGUUUUGUGUCAGACACUCCAGUGGGCAUCGCCCGCUUCAUCCUGGAGAGGAAGGGUUUGAGUCGGCAGAUGAUCGGGGAGUUCCUGGGAAACCGACAGAAGCAGUUCAACAAAGAUGUGCUGGACUGUGUGGUGGAUGAGAUGGACUUCUCAGGCAUGGACCUGGACGACGCACUCAGGAAGUUCCAGGCUCAGAUUCGAGUCCAGGGAGAGGCCCAGAAGGUCGAGCGACUGGUGGAGGCUUUCAGUCAAAGGUACUGCGUGUGUAACCCAGCAGUGGUCCGCCAGUUUCAGAACCCAGACACAAUCUUCAUCCUGGCCUUUGCCAUCAUCCUCCUCAAUACGGACAUGUACAGCCCCAACGUGAAGCCGGAGAGGAAGAUGAAACUUGAGGAUUUUAUUAAGAACUUGCGAGGGGUUGACAAUGGGCAGGACAUCCCCAGAGACCUUCUCGUGGGCAUCUACCAGCGCAUCCAGAAGUGGGAGCUGAGGACCAACGAUGACCACGUGUCCCAAGUGCAGGCCGUGGAGAGACUCAUCGUGGGCAAGAAGCCGGUGCUGUCGCUGCCCCACCGCAGGCUGGUCUGCUGCUGCCAGCUGUAUGAGGUGCCUGACCCCAACCGUCCCCAGAGGACUGGAGUGCACCAGCGAGAGGUCUUCCUCUUCAAUGACCUGCUGGUGGUAACAAAGAUCUUUCAGAAGAAGAAGAAUUCAGUGACCUACAGCUUCAGGCAGUCCUUUGCACUUGUGGAGAUGCAGGUCCACAUGUUUCAGAACUCCUAUUACCCUCAUGGCAUCCGCCUCACGUCCGCCAUCCCAGGAGGGGAGAGGAAAGUCUUGAUCGUCUUCACGGCCCCCAGCCAGCAAGAUCGCACACGCUUCACCACUGACCUAAGAGAGAGCAUCGCAGAAGUGCAAGAGAUGGAGAAAUACAGAGUGGAGUCGGAGCUGGAGAAGCAGAAGGGUGUGAUGAGGCCCAGCCUUCUGACAGGUGGUGUUCUGGCUGGAGGAGGCACUGGAGGCGGAGGUGUGAAGAGCGAGGUAGUGAACGGCAGCCUGGGAAGGCCCAGCCUGGAUGACACCUACUCCACUGGAGAGGGACUCAAGCGAACCGCACUCAGCUCGUCGCUGAGAGACCUGUCUGAGACAGGGAAGCGGGGCCGCAGAAACAGCGUCGGCUCCCUGGACAGUACCAUCGAAGGAUCCAUCAUUAGCAGCCCUCGGCCGCACCAGCGCCUCCCCAUGGCCACCGUGGUGCCGGGCUGCUAUGGCCUCGAAGAUUACCGGUCUCACCGCCCCAUCCUGAGCCCCGGGUCGGGGGUGGGGGGUGGGCCGGGGCAACAACACAACGCUGCUGGGACAGUGGGCACGGGAGGGGGUGGACCAGUCUCCAGCAGUGUCGAGAAAAGCGGGAUGGGGAACGCGACUGGGGGGGGCAGUGGCUCCUUUCUGGGCUCCCUGUUCGGCAGCAAACGCGGCAAGGCCCCGGGCCCCAUUAUCCCCCCGGGGCCACACUACCCCGCCCCUGUACCCCCCCCACCAGCGGGGGCCCCCCCCCCUCUCUCCCCUUCCUCUCUAUGCCAGUCGGAUGGGGGGCCCUCCAAGAUCCAGGCCCUACACGCCCAGUACUGCCACACGGGCACUGGGCAGCCGCCGCCCCCAUACCAGCACCACCACCGCUACAGCGUGCAGACCGUGCCACUGCCCAGCCAGGCAGCUUCCGCACCGGUGGCCAACCACCACACGCUGCAGCGGGGGUCCCUUCCCCGGCGGCCACCUCCCGCACCCUCCCACGCCCCGCCACCGCCGGUGUCCCAGCAUGCCAUGCAGGGCCGGUACACCGGCAUGGCCCUGGCGGGGGGCUGCCCUGUGCCUCUUUCACCUCACUCCCUGCACUCGCCCCUGCCCCCAUACACGCUGUACCACGCGCAGCAUACACCCUCAGCCAGGGGCGGCGCCCCCCCUGGCAAGCCACCCAUGACGCUGGCCCAUUCGCAGCCGCACACUCACUCGCACGUGCACCCAGGCCACGCCCCGCACCCCAGUUCCCACCCCGGGCCUCAACCUCACUUCGUCUUCGGCGCACCAGCCCUACCUCCUCCAGGUCCCAUCACUGCCCGUCUUCUGCCCCAGGGCGCCCCGUAUCUGCCCCAGUAUCCUCCUCUGUCCUCCAUCCCCCCUCCCCCCCCCCACUCCCCUUUACCCCCCCCUUCCUCCCCCCUUACCCCUCUUACGCCUCACUCCCCUCGCCCCCCCCAGCACCCUGGCCAGCCACAGCAGGCGGCUGGUCCACAGGGGGGUCAGGGGGCCGCGGCCCAGGGCAGCGGCACCGUACCGGGGGGGAGCUCCAAAUCCAAGCCCGUCAAUCGGAUCAGCACCGUGGUCUGAGGGACUCGCUGGUCUGGGGGCGGGGGACCCCAGUCGGGACGCUGAGGGCCGACAGCGGCGACAGGGCUGUUGUGGACCAGGGAGGCGGAGCCAGCAGGAAAAAGCGCAGUUUUCUUCGCCUCUGCUACUUUCACCUGCGCUUC